AUGGACAUUGAAGGUGGUGAUGGAGGCAAUAAUGGUGGCGGUGGUGGUGGUGGUGGAGGUACAAUGAAUAUGCUUCCUUAUAUGCUGAUCGUACUUGCUCGUAUGCUGACUGACUGUGUUUCCAUGGAUUCUAAUUGUGCUUGCAAAUGUGGAGAUUGUCCUGGUGGUAAUGCCAGCUUUGCCACAAUGCAGAAGGUUUCCUCUGAAAAUCAGCCCAAUCUAAAACAACAGAUGCCAAAUCUACCAGCUGCACAGUUUUCAUAUUUGCAAGCACAACAAUCAGUAUCAUCCACUGAAACACAGUCAAUAUACGAGCAAGUACAAUCGGCAAAGAAGCAAGCACAGUCAGUGUACUUGAAAGCACAUUCGGUGUACUUGCAAGCACAGUUUGCGUACUGCCAAGCUAUACAGCAAUUGUCACCGCAGCAGAUGCCUCCACCACCAUUGCCUCCACCACCACCACCUCUAAUGUCCAUGACACCUCGAAUGUCUGGAUUUAGCCUGACAUCAUCUGCUUCCAAACUAGCUCCACCACAACAACUGUUGAAUUUUCAACCACGACUCCGGAAACUACCGUUGUCAUCACAGCUGCCUUCACCAUCCCCACCAAUGUCAGUGCCAAUUCACAUUUCGGCUUCUAACCAAGAUCCAUGUUCUCUUUAUAUUGACCAGAUGAUCCAACAAAAUUGGAUGAAACUUGCUUUAAGUAGUGCUACUAUGUACAGAACAUCAGCAAUGAUGCAUUCAAUGCCGAAUUGCAAGCAAAUGUUGAAUCUACAAGCAAAGUUUGCAGAAUUGCAAGCACAAUUCAUGAAACUGCAAUUGUCAUGGCAACUACCUCCAACACCACCUCCAAUGUCUGUGCCAACUCAGACUUCAGCUUCUAACCAAGUUCCAUAUUGUUCUCAUCCUCCUCAACAGCAACUCCAACAGAAUGAUAGUAACCUUGCUGAAAGUGGUGGCAUAAAUAGAAUGACAGCAACCUUGCCUUCAAUGUCAGUGCCACCUCAGUUCUCUGACCUCACUUCGGCUUCCAAUCAAGCUCAAGAGAUGUUGAAUCUACAAGCACAGUUUGAAGAAUUGCUCGCACAAUUCUCAAAACUGCAAUUGUCAACACAACCAACUCAGACUUGGGUUUCUAACCAAGUUCCACAUUCUCUUCCUCUUCAAGAGCAACUCCAACAGAAUGGUAGUGGUGAUGAUGAUGACCUUCAAAGUACUGCAGGUUCUGGAUAA